AACGUACCAGGAUAGCUUGUGGUUUUCUCGGAACGACUCCGUCAUCAGUGACUGAAGCAACAUUUAUCGAUGAACACGCGUGUUUUUCUGCGAUGUUAAAACGGGGAGUGGAUACAAAUCUUGCUUCCGACUUUCGCUCACAGCGUGAGCUGCAAAACAGAGGAACCUGUCAUUAGCAUAAUUUAACUCAGCACAGAUUGACCAGUUCAGACAAAACAAAUAGCUAAAAGACUACCACUCUUUUUGCGAAAUAUGAUGGAGUAUUGGAGGCAGUGUGCGUCUUGGUUGAUCCACUGCAAGGUGCUUCCACCGACUCACCGGGUAACAUGGGAGUCUGCCCAGGUGUUCGAUCUAGCCCAAACACUACGGGAUGGUGUUCUCCUGUGUCAGCUUCUCAACAAUCUGAGACCGCAGUCCAUCAACUUGAAGGAGAUCAAUUUAAGGCCACAGAUGUCACAGUUUCUCUGCUUGAAGAACAUCCGGACAUUCCUCAUUGCCUGCUCCGAGAUCUUCGGCAUGAAGAAGAGCGACCUGUUCGAGGCCUUUGACCUGUUCGACGUGAGGGAUUUUGGAAAGGUAAUAGACACAUUGUCCAAGCUGUCACACACAAGUAUUGCGCAACAAACAGCGAUAAGGCCUUUUCCAACAGAAGACAGUGUUGAGGAUGAAGAAAUUUACAACCAUUUGGAGGACCUAAUAGAUGAGAAUGGCGUGGAGGACGAAGAGGAUCUCUACGACUGCGUGUACGAUGACGGUGAGGGGGAGGAGGUGUACGAGGACCUGAUGAAGGCCGAGACCGUGCCGCCACCGAAACAAGCUGAGACGGACAUCAGGAGCUGCUGUCUAACGGAGAUCAAACAGACGGAGGAGAAAUACACGGAGACGCUGGACUCGAUUGAGAAGUACUUCUUAAAGCCUCUUAAAACAUUUCUCACUCCUGUGGAAAUUGAGACAGUCUUUGUGAAUAUUCCGGAACUUGUUCAAGUUCACAAGAGACUUGUUGAAGAAGUGAAGGACUCCGUCACGCUCAAUUGCGCCAAGAACCUCUACCAGGUUUUCCUCAACUACAAGGAGAGGUUGCUAAUUUAUGGGAAGUACUGUAGCCACGUGGAGAAAGCCAUAGCCGUACUUGAUGACAUUUGCAAAGAGAAGGAGGAUGUUCGGUUGAAGCUCGAGGAGUGUUCAAAGAGAGCCAAUAAUGGGAAGUUUACGCUGAGGGACCUCCUGGUCGUGCCGAUGCAGAGAGUCCUUAAGUACCACCUCCUUCUUCAGGAAUUAGUGAAACACACUCAGGACAGCGCUGACAAGACCAAUUUACGGACAGCCCUCGACGCCAUGAAGGACCUGGCGCAGUAUGUCAAUGAGGUCAAAAGAGACAAUGAAACGCUGAGGGAAAUUGACCAGUACCAGAAAUCCAUUGAAAAUCUGAAUCAGCCUCUUCGUAACUACGGGCGACCGAAAGGUGAUGGAGAAGUUCGAGUGUCCUCACUGGACAAACGUGCUAAACAGGACCGACACAUCUUCCUGUUUGACGCCGCCGUGAUCGUGUGCAAGCGCCGGGGCGACAACUACGAGAUGAAGGAGGUGAUCGACCUGUACCUCUUCAAGAUCACCGACAACCCCACGGCAGACAAGGAGAACAGAAAGUGGUCCUAUGGAUUCUACCUCACACAUAACCUGGGCCACAGUGCCUUCGAGUUCUUCUUCAAGACCAAAGAACUGAAGAAGAAGUGGCUGGAACAGUUUGGCAUGGCCCUGUCCAACAUCCGACCGGAAAACGCCAACCGAAGCCACGAUUUCCACAUGCACACCUUCGACCGCAUCACUUCCUGCAGCUCCUGUGACAUGCUGCUGAGGGGCGUCUUUAAUCAGGGUUAUCAGUGCAGUAAGUGUGGGGCAGGAGCCCAUAAGGAGUGCCUAGCCCGCCUGGGCUUCUGUGGGAAAGCACCGGGACGAGGUGAUAAGACAGAUUCGUGGCCACCGUCAGACCCAGGUCUGCCCAAGAUGCAGGUGAUCCGUAACUACUACGGCGUCCCCAGUCCCCUGUGUGGCCCGGCACUCAACAUCCAGGUCGGAGACGUCAUCGAGCUCCUCUGCGCAGACCUCCACAGCUCCUGGUGGCAGGGCAGAAUCCUGACGACGCGAGAGGUUGGCUUCUUUCCAAGCGACGCAGUGAAGCCUUGCCCAUGUGUACCUAAACCUGUUGAUUACUCGAGUCAGCCUUGGUACGCCGGGCUGAUGGAGCGGCAGCAGGCGGAGGCCGAGCUCAUUAACCGCGUCAACAGCACCUACCUGGUGCGGCACCGCAGCCGCGAGAGCUCGGAGUACGCCAUGAGCAUCAAGUACAACAACGACGUGAAGCACAUCAAGAUCUUGGCCAAGGAGGGAGGCUUCCACAUCGCCGAGAAUAAGAAGUUCAGGAGUAUAUUAGAGCUGAUCGAAUACUACAAACACCACUCCCUACGGGAAGGUUUCAAAAGCCUGGACACCACACUGCAGUUCCCAUACAAAGAGCCUGAAAAUGCACUCAUGCAACGCGCCAACCGUGCUGGAAGCAACACCUCUCUCCUCUGUGGGCUCUCUCUUGUGAGCCCGGCCGGCUACAGCUUUGUCCCUCCCUCCACUGCCCCCUUCUGGUCAGUGUUCACGCCCAAAGUGAUCGGCGUGGCGAUAGCGCGCUACGACUUCAGCUCCCGGGACACGCGAGAGCUCUCGCUGCAGGAGGGCGACGUGGUCAAGAUCUACACCAAGUCGGGCGCCAACGGCUGGUGGAGAGGAGAGGUCAACGGCAGGGUGGGCUGGUUCCCCUCGACGUACGUGGAGGAGGGAGAAGAGUGAGGAGCGCGGGACGCCGGGCGCAGAAGAAGAAGAAGAAAAGGAAAAGAAGAAGAAGAAGAAGGAAGAGACAAUGCAAGGCAACAUGACCUGAAAGACAGACAACAGAAAGAAAAAGAAAGAGAGAGAAGGAGAGAGAGAGUGACUGGCGAAGGAGAACUGCAUCACACUGGCAUGGAUGAACUGAGUCAGAGGGCCUGACCUGUUUGUGGGUCAACGGGUGGAGUGGUGAUGGGGUUAGAGAGAGAGAGGGGGGGGCAGUUCUCCAAACAGUUUUACAUGAUGCACCCCUACCCUCCUCUCCUCUCCACGCCCUCCUCCACCCUUACGCUCCACUCCACUCCACCCUGCCCUGCCUGGCCUUUAAGCCCCAGUGCUCCACACCCUCUACACCCUUCACAGCCUCCACACCCUCCUCCGCCCCCCCCGGUAGCGGUGGUAGCAGCGGUAGCGGGCCGGGCCCCGGGCUCUCGGCGGGCCGCCUGUCAUGCGGGGGUGUGUGGCGAGGCGGAGAGGGCCGGAGGGCGGUGUGUGACGUCCGCUGACAGGUUAAUGGCCGCGUGACGCCCUCGCUGGGAAGCUCCGCCAGACACGCGCGCUCUCUCUGCGUGGCAGACGCUGACACACACACACACACAGAGAGACACACACACCCGCACGCACACACGAGCAGGCACACACAUACACUGGCAUGGGCACAAAAAACACACAGACAUAGACAUAGACAUACACACACACACACACACACACACACACACACACACACGCACCUUCUCCAGAUGCCUGAGGUAGCCCCUCCUUCUCCAUAGUCUCUAUUUAAAUGCCAACGUUCCACUGCACUGAACAGAACUUAGCGGGCGGGGGUAGAAAGAGAGGGGGAAAGAGAGAGGGAGAGAGAGGGAGAGAGAGAGAGAGAGGAAUGGGAGGGAGAGAGAGAGGAAGAGAGAGAGAGAGGGAGGGGUCCUGAGAGGCUGGGUGUUUUUAGCAAACUCACCGAUAACGUCAUCUUGUCCUGACCUUGCCUGAGUCCCCUCUUACCUGGCUUAUUAUUGAUGACUUUACCCACCUCCCCAGCUCUCGCCCUGCUUGCUUCUCUGGAGGCAAAGGCAGGGGAGAAUCCCCCGUACACACACACACACAUACACACACAGAGAACAGUCACCCCACCACCUUCGCUCAGUACAGAUUAAGAUCACACUUUGCCGGAAGAGAACCACACAGGGGGGCGCGCACACACACACACACACACACACACAAACACACACACACACACACACACACACACACACACACACACACA